UGGCAUGUGGCCCAAACAUCAACUGCUAACUGCGGCAGCAACACUCAUUGGCCUCUGUUGCAUAGUUAGUGCUAGUGGCACUUCUACCGGUUUACCUUUGCAACCUCCACCCACCAUCACCACCACAGAGAGGCCGCAGAAUGUGACAACGGCAAUGACCCAACCGAUGAGUGCAGGAAGCGAUCUGAGUGUAAAACCUGAUGAUUUGACUGACAGCAGUCCCGAGGAGCUUAAUGAGCAGGCAGCUAGCUCCGAAUUGGAGGUCAGUGAGGAUCUUUACUAUGGCAGUGAAGUAGAAGGAGACAACGACCAAGAAAACAAAGGAGGCAAGGACCAAGAGGAGUUUGUGGGAGUUCCAGGUUUCUUGCCAACUGUUUCGACGGUACCGCAAGAGUCUAGCAAUUUGCCAACCAAUGGUCAUGGUUAUAUACAAUUCGAUAUCAAUGAUGAAUUGCCAGUGGAAUCUAUGCACCGACAGCGUCAGCUAACCAAAUCCCGCACAGAAACAGUCAAUGAAGUGCUUUAUAAUCUAUUUCCCAAUGGUUUCUCGGACAUCUUUCGCUUCAGUGGUCAAGAUGCUGCCACGACAGAGACCAGCACAGAAAUGGCCACAACGACCGAGGCGGAAAAAGCUGUGGUGCCAGCCACCACAGUGGAAUCAAUAGUUUCAUCCACGUCGCCAGCAUCUGCAGUGUCCAAGAACCAAACCUACUACAGCUAUCAGACCACAGUGACCAAGGAAUAUCGGCGAGAACUGCGUCCGGGGCACACCGAAAUUAUUGUCGAGCAAAUAAGCAGUGCAGAAGGGGAACCCCCCUUCAAAGAUGGCACUAACCACAUUUCACGAGAUGAAUUGUUGCGCAUUAAUCGCGCUGCUGUCGACUCACCAGUUCUGCCCAGUUUGCUACUGCGACCAACUGAGAAUGGAGAUGAUAAUGAGACUUUGGUGGCAGCAGAGAGUGCUCCCAUAGUUAUACUCGGUGAACAUGAAAGCGACUUGGAUGAGGGACAAUUGAUUGAAGACAAUCAGAUAGCCGAAUCCCAUCAACACGAACGCUAUCAUCAGCGACUGCUUCCUCCGAGUGGGCAUAAUUUCAAAACUGACGGAGUGGAAAGUUAUAGCAGUCAGCAUGGACCAGCUCAAGAGCAGCAAAUCAAUGUUCACAUAAUCCACGAUGAUACCCUAGCGAAGGCUCAAACGCAGGGCCAAAAGGAGGAGGAGGUUAAAGCCAAGACGCCAUCCUUAGCUCUGGAUCACUAUCAAUUGCAUAGUGAACAGCAUUUCCAGCAGCGUCAUCCUAGCGCCCAAGAAGCACCCUCAAGGCAAUUCCUAAAGAGCUUUAAGCCCAUCAUUACGGGAAGUGGAGAGAGUGUUGGAAAUAAGGCAGUGGCCAGUUUUCACUACGAGGUCAAUAAUCAUCCACCACAAUUGCAACAUAAUUCGCAACCGCCUAAAGAGAGUGACUAUUCGGCACAGUUUGUGAGACCAGCCGCCCAGUUGUCCUAUCAACGGGAACUAAGUCAUCAUCUCCUGCAACAACCGAGCAAAGAGAGUAGUCCACAGUCGAAGCUAAACACCCAAGCAGUGCCCUCGCCCACAUCUGCUCCAGCGUCUUCAAAUACACCUCAUAGCUUGGUUUAUGUCACUUUGAACUCGGCUCAGACAACGCCAUUGCCACUGCCCAAAGAAGAGUCUCUAGCACCCAAUUUACCUAGUCCCCAUGAGUAUGUCUCGGAGGCGGCGGCGGAACCAUCCCAGCAGCAUUUACAACAUGCUCCAGCACCUAAGAGCUCUCAUUCCGAGCCAGAGACUCAACUGUUAGUCAAGCCAAAUGGUUAUACUUUUGUCGAGGUGCAGAAGUCGGUUAAUAUACACAACAAACUAAUUACGGAGAAAGAUGGACGUUUGGUUGAGCAGCAUGAGACAAUCUAUCAUCAGCCUUAUGAGCAGCAACAGAAUCAUCUGACUCCUGAGAAAUAUGUGGCAAGCGCCUUGCCGGAGUUGCCAGCACCCAAGCCUCAACAUAACUAUGUAUCAUUGACCAAGAAUCCCAUCAAUGUUGAACAGGAAUACGAUAGUUCACCCCAAGAGGGAGCCUACUCGCAUGCCACUAUUAAUUUAGAUUCCGGACAUUCAGCUCCUCAACAGCAUAUCAAUGUGGAGACCGCCCAUCAUCCAGCCCUGCCAGUGCCACAGCAUUAUCAUGUAGAGAAGAUCAUUGAUCAUCCAGUCGAACAUCAAGUCAUUGAUCAUCCAGUCGAACAUCAGGUCGUUGAACAUCCAGUAAAACAUCAGAUUGUAGAGAAAUUUGUUGAACAUCCGGUCAAACAUCAGAUUGUGGAGAAACAUAUACCCAUACCGUAUGCCGUGCCCCAACCAGUGCCAGUGCCUAUUCAUGUUGAACACUUCGUUGAUCGUCCAUAUCCCGUUGAGACCAUUGUAGAGCAUCAAGUUCCGUAUCCCGUUGAGACAGUGGUUGAAAAGAUCGUUGAGAAACAUGUACCAGUCGAGGUGGAACGCAUUGUAGAGAAGCCUGUGAAAGUGGAGAAAAUUGUGGAAAAGUUUGUAGAUCGCCCUAUGCCGAUACCCAUUCAUGUUCCCGUGGCAAUUCACAUGCCUUUGCCACCAAUUUCAGCACAUGGCCAUCAUUUCCCUAGCCAUCCGAAUGCCUUGCCUCCCUGGACAACUCAUUCGGUGGGUCAUAUUCCACCCAAAGUACUGCAAAACUAUUAUACACGCAUGCUAAAGAAGCUUCUACCGCAAUUGUCGUUACCAAAGGCAAAAACAGCACCGCCAACGACCAAGACCACAACAAAGGCACUCCAAAAGCCACCAACGAUCCCAGUGCGCGGUGAUGUACCCAAAGUGGCCACUUUCAGUCUGGCCGAUAUGCGUUUCGAUCUACGUCCUCCGCCACCACCCGCGGGAUCACCCUGGCUGCAGGGAGCUCGUUAUAUUUACAAUACUUUGCCCGCAGAUUUGGCCACUGCAGCCUCAGCCUCUGUGGCGGCGGCGGCUCCCACACAAAUGGUGAAAUCUUAUAUUGGGCCAGUGCCAGCUCCCAGCGCCAGUUCCAAUGAGUUCGACGAAUUUCAGCGUUGGCGCAAUGGUCAUACCCUUAAACGAAGUCCCGAUUUUGGUCGAAAUUUGCAUAUGGAAUAUGGUUUUAAGCCUCCUCUGGUUCCCUCUGUAGAGAUUGACGACAAAGGCAAUCCGCUAAAGCAGGCUGAAGCCACAGAGACGCAAUAGACAGAGCAGAGAAUGGGAAGAUGACAAUGUCAGAGGAUGUAAAGCGUGCCAAAAUAUACAGCUAUAGUUAUUAUUGCCUAUUUAUGUAACAUAU